AAGAUUUGCUAUCGAUAGGGCUGCUCUUUACAAGAAGCAUUCGACAUUGCCGCCAUAAAUAAAAGAAUAUUUUGAUAAAUAUUUAAUAAAACGAGAACAUGGACUCAACUCAACAGGAAGGCAAUUUUGAGGAGAACGAACGCAUUAUAGAGUUGCAAGAUUUAAUUGAAAAAAAUAUCCAGAUUGAACAAAAGAUUGAAACCUGCUCCUUUGGAGAGUCAAUAUCGGCCAUUCAGGAUAUUUUGAGCAAGGCUAACGAUAUUGUACAAGGCUAUGAAGAGCGCAGAACAAAUUCCACAGAACUUGUGCUGGACACUGAGCUGCUCCGGCGUAAUCAUGAAGUUGUUGGCAAGGCCAUACAAUACAAUACGAAUUUUACAGAUAGAAUGUUUUGCACUGCGAUUAAUAAUCUUGUCUUUCAAGAUAAUGCUGAAAAUUGGGAUGCACUGUGCAGUCUCGCAUGUCAGCAUGGAACUCCAUUCUUUGCAAGCGCCUCAAUGUUACCAUUUAUUGAUGUCAAACCAAAAGAACACGUUCCCAAACAACGAACGGCACGCAAAUCCACGAAGAAUGUUGAAGAAAAACGUCCAAAACAAAGCGACAAACUUGAGCGCAAGGGCGAAGGUUCAACGGCAGUCAAUCACGUUAUGAGGCAAAUUAAGAGUAUUUAUCGUGCUGGAAAUAACCAACCAAUUCCGUAUUUCAAAUUGAUCUGUAAUCCUCAUAACUUUAUGGAUACCGUGCAGAAUGCAUUGAUUAUUUCAUUUCUUGUCAAAGAAAAUCUGAUUUCGAUUGAGGAUGGCACUGAUGGAUUGCCCCAUGUAACAGUCAACACUUUACAACACUCUACUUCUACGGACGAUUCGAAUCAGGCAAUUUGUCGACUAGAUGUUGAACUCUGCGAGAAAUAUGCCAAGCAUUAUAAUAUCACGGAACCUAUGCUAAAGCGCGCAGAUCUUGAUGAAAACUGAUAAGCAGAUUAAUACAAAUAUAGAUUUAUAAGUACUUAUUUUUAUUAAAUAUUCAUAUUUGAAGUUAUUGAAUACAUCUCACAUCAGCCAAAUCGAAAUAAAGAUAUACUGCCUCGCACAA